AACGGUCAUAAAAUUAUUCAAAGUUCAAAUUAACGAAAUAAAAAAUAAAACACACACAUACACACAUUCUUCAGGCUUCCAGCCCACCGCCCCUAUCAAUCUCUAAUCUAAGCUCCUCCUUUCUUCCGCCAUCGAGAGGUUUCAAGUCGUCAUCCACUCCCGGAAAGUCCGAUACUUCACUCUUCUCUCUUCUCUCAGAUCUUUCACUCCUGAGUGACUCAGCGACUGGGUGAGUGAUGAUGGCGGAUAUUGGAACAGAGAUAGAGAAAGUAGAGAUGUUGGAUCCAGAAACGGAGUUUCUGGCAUCGAAGCGAGAGACGGGGAACGAGUGGGAGCUGUUUAAGGAGAAUGUAAGGCCCCUGAAGAGAGGCCGCAAAAUCGCCAUCUUAAACGACGCUCUCAAAGCUCACAACGACAAUGACAUCAAGAAGUCCCUCUUUGACCAACGAAGGCGAUUGAUUCAAGCGAUUGACGAGUAUAAAGGAGAAGACCCUCUCCACCCAUGGCUUGAGUGUAUCAAGUGGGUUCAGGAAGCAUUUCCACCUGGUGGAGAUUGCUCAGGGUUGGUUGUGAUGUACGAGCAAUGUGUGCGUACAUUUUGGCAUUCAGACCGCUACAAGGAUGAUCUCCGCUAUCUCAAAGUCUGGUUGGAAUAUGCUGAAAAUUGUGCGGAUGCUCAAGUCAUAUACAGUUUUCUCGAUGCAAAUGAAAUUGGGAAGACACAUUCUGUGUUCUACAUAUCAUAUGCUUUGGUCAUGGAAUCCAAGAACAAGAUGAAAGCUGCCAAUGAAAUAUUUAAUCUUGGAAUUUCCAGGAAUGCUCGCCCCAUAGAAAAAUUGAAGGAUGCAUAUAGGAAAUUUAUUGCUCGCUCAAUGAGCAGACCAAAAGCUUCAGAGGAGGAUUCAAUGGAGAAACGCUUACCCAUCCGAAGCUUUGGAACUGUCCUUUCCAGGGGAGAAAAUAGAAUGCAGACUUUGGACAGCUCUGAUCUUUCUAGGAAGGAUUCAAAGCCAAAAGGGGAUCGCGUUCUGGCUCCGAUUAACAUUAACAUUUAUAAGGAUUCAAAUUCUGCUGAUAUUGGCUCUCAUCACCAUCCAGAUGUGUCAAAGCCAGACGUGAAUUCUUGGCACAGCCUUGGACCUAGAGCAGAGAGAAACAAAGAAAAUAAUGCAAUCCCUACCAAGUGGAGAUCAUACAAGAUUCCACAGAGACCUGGAUCUAGAACUGGAGGAGCAGGUGCUAGUAGUGCCUGCAUUGAGGUUUUUGUUGAUGAAGAAUGUGAAGAGACACAUAGAAAGAAUGUUGAGAGUGCCAAAUCUUCAGCCUUGCAGCUUCGACAGGAGGAAGAGCGAGCUCUCAAAAGGGAAACGGAUUUGUUGCGGGAGGACCCCUUACGCAAUUUCCCUUCCAACAGCCUUCCUAGAUGACAGCAAAAAACAUUUUGCUUGUAGCAGUGUUGCGUGAUACAUUCUUGAAUCAACGCUUUAUCUCUAAAGUUGGAUACGUUAAGAUUGUGUUUACUUUUCAAGGUUGAGAGAGUCUUCGGCAAACAGACUCAUGGCCUGUGAUAUAUGUUUGUUUGACAGAGUUUUUAUGUUUGUGAUAUUGUUUGUGUAUGCAAAGAGAACACCUUCUAAUCU